AAGGUGACGACGAUCUGAUAAGAUCUGAAAGAAGUUGUCGUGUGGAUCUUCGCAGAUGGGGAGCUAAAUUCGACGCGAAUUCACAACGCCCAUAUUUUGAAGGUCAUGAAAGAGACGAUGUGGUGAAACAUCGUCAUGAAUUUAUUAAUCAUUUUCUAACGCGUAAAGAUUUUUAGUACACAAUUACUGAUGGUGAAACACCAAUGUGGAAUGUUCCAACCAGAAAUCCUCAUAGAAUACUUCUCUUUCAUGAUGAAUCAACAUUUAGAAGUGGUGAAGUUAGUCCAAAACGGUGGUUUUUCCAAGAAAAUACACCGUUUUUCUCAAAGGGACGCGGUCGUAGUCAUAUGGUUUCUGAUUUUCUUGUUCAACAUCCUAGUGGGCCACUUUUUGAACUUAGUGAAAAUGAAUGGAAACAAGCUGUUCGGAAAUAUCAAUCAUUAAGUGUUGCUGGGGACGUCAAUUAUCUUGAUAGAACAGCAACAGCUAGUAUUAAUAUUGGAACCGACGCGUAUUUUGAUAACGAUACGAUUCUAGAACAGUUUGAAAGACUGUUUCAGAUGCUAGAAUUCAAACAAGAAUACAGGGAUCAUCAAAUAGAAAUUAUCGUGGACAACGCAAGAACUCACACUGCCAAAUCAUAUUCAUUACAAGACUUCGGUAAAAAUGUUGGCACUCGAUGUCCUGUUGAACAAAUCGAAUAUGUUGAUGAAAAUGGCGCAACAAAAGUUGUUGAUUGUUAUUUUAAAGGUGGAGAACACAAAGGUAAAUCAAAAGGUUUAACUGAACUAUGCAAAGACUUAGUGUGCAGUUGCCAGAUAAAAUCAAAUUAG